UUGUUUGUGUGGAAUUUAUAAGAGCUCGCAUUUUGCAUUCGGCUAGUCGAAGUUGAAGCUCGCUUUUCGCAUAGCACUGCAAUUUCCAGAUCGGUUAUAAUCAUCUUCAUUGUCACCUUCGAGGUUUGUUUCUUUCCCUUCUUCUUCGUGUUUGCAGAGUUGUUGAUCCAAAGGCUAUCAGCAAAAUGUCAGGAGAAGAAGUUGCUGUUCCGGCUGAGACUCCUGCCCCAGCCCUAGGUGAGCCCAUGGACCUCAUGACAGCCUUGCAACUUGUUCUAAGAAAGGCAUUGGCUCAUGGUGGCCUCACACGUGGACUCCAUGAAGCAGCAAAAGUUAUCGAAAAGCAUGCUGCACAACUCUGUGUUUUAGCUGAGGAUUGCGACCAGCCGGAUUAUGUUAAGUUGGUGAAGGCAUUAUGUGCUGAUCAUAAUGUCAAAUUGAUAACAGUUCCUAGUGCUAAGACACUUGGUGAAUGGUCUGGGUUGUGUAAGAUUGAUUCAGAAGGGAAAGCGAGAAAGGUGGUUGGUUGUUCCUGCAUUGUUGUCAAGGAUUAUGGCGAAGAGACAGAGGGUCUCCACGUUGUUCAGGAGUAUGUGAAAUCCCAUUGAAAAGUGGAAAUUGGAUAGAAGAGUCCAUUUUUAUGUGAGAGUAACGUGUAGUUUUGAGAUUUCCUAUUGUAUCACUUUUGAUAGUAGGGACACUAAGUAAUUGGUCGAACAGAAUUUUGAGAUGAGUGAUAGGUAUUCCAUGCUUCAGUAGUGUCUUUUAGCAGCUUUUCAAUUACACAACCAAUAUAUUCUGUAGCUCAUUGAGGAUGCAAUUUUCAUGUUCGUGGCUUUCUUGUGGCUUGUUAAAUGAGGACCAUUUCGUGUUUUUGCCA